CUUGGCUAGCUCCAAUACUAUAGUUUGGAGACUAGUCAAACCAAAAAAAAUAAUAAAAAAUCUUCCUUCUACAAUUUGCUUCAAAUUCAUUCAAUACCAACAACAUAAAUUCAACGAUACGUUCAUUAUGACGAACAAACGUGAAAAUCCAUCAUUUUUUUCUAUACAUCCCUCAAGACGCCCCGAUCCUAACAAUGACAAGGUUGAGUCAACAAGGACUAAUAAUUUACUAGUAAAGAAAAACAACGUCACGAUUAAGCGUGAUCAAGAAAAAUUCAACGAUGCAGAAACUAUGUCAGACAUGAUCAAUGUGCACGUGGGACAUGCUAGUGCACAUAAAGAGGGCGGGUCGAUGAGGACAGAGGAUAGUGGACGUGAAAGAUUGAAGAGACAUAGAAUUGCAGUGGCAGGACAUGUAUGGAUACCAGAAAUUUGGGGACAAGAGGAAUUACUCAAAGAUUGGAUUGAUUGUAGUGCAUUUGAUUCAAAAUUGAUGAAUAAUAAUAAUAUAAUGUCAGCUAGAGCUGCUUUGGUUGAAGAAAGAAGAACAAAUUCAUCUUGCAGAUUGAGAAUUGAAAAUAGCUAUUGAAAAUAUGCUCCAAAAAAAAAAAGAUGAGUUUUUUUUUUUUUUUUUGCAUUUUUAUUUUAUUCUGAUGUUUAUUUUUUUGGGGUUUUUUUUUUUACUCUUUAACUGAACUGUUUUAUUAUUUUUAUUAUCAUAAUAAUUGUGUGUUUCCAUGUUAAUACAUUGAAGAAAUACAUAUGUUUAUGGUUGGGGAUAAUAGCACUUUUGGUCCCUGAAUUAUAGGUAAAUUCUUAUUUCGAUU